UACCAGUUACCAGAAUCCAUCUACUGGAGUGUUUGGUGGUUUUUUUCUGUUUACAAUCAAUUAUGUUUUUGAAAAUGAAAAGAAAGGAACGUAGAGUUAUUCUUUCCCUAUUUAAUUACUACCUCCGUUCACAUAUACAGAAAAUUGAAAAUGGAUAGAAGCUUAAAAGAUAUGGAAAUGGAUAUUUGCAUGUAGCGGUUUUACGUUUUACGUUUGUGAUAAUGCGAUUCAACGCGAUGCAGGAGAAACAUUUACACCAAACAAUCUGAUUAGUUAUAGUGCGGAAGUUUUGAAAACAUCGGUACUUUCCUUAAUGUCGGGUUCGAGCACUACUGCCACAGUUCUAUCAGGAACUGUCUGUUGAAGAAAAUGAUAAUAUUGGUAUGUACCUGUUUCAACCAAUUCUGGUUUAAAUAUUUUUAUUUUUAGGUCAAUUUCUCUUAAUUUCAAGUUUUUCAACCUGAUAAAAAUAAAAUUUGGUGAAUAUUUAGAAGUUGAUUGAGAAAUGAUGCUCAGAAUGCCCUGAGGAGGUCUUUCUUAAAAAAAGUAAACUCUAACUAAAGCAGAGUGAUACUACGAACCACUAUCCGAACUUGAGAAAUGUAGAUUAAUGUAUGUGAUUAUUAUUUAAACCGACUAAGUAACAAACUUAUAAUCGGUCGAUCGGUAAUCACGCCACUAAGGUUGCCGAAUACUAGGGGUAGCAACAAAUGGUUUGUUUCUUAAAAUAAACUGAAGGGGAAUAGGAGCAAAUAUCUCUUGUGUGAACAAAGCAAUUUGAUUUGAUAGGACGUCACAGGCACAGCAAGCAAAACGAUCUACCUAACAGGUGCGUCUUAAAAAAAAAAAAAUUUAGAUUAAAAUAUUUUUAUCGAUAACUCUGUUAUCAAACUUCUUAAAUGCGGUACUUAUAAGUGAUGUUGAACCUAAUCAGCAAGGAAUAAGAGAAUCACUUUUGCAAACAUGCCUCUUGGAAUUUUGAUCAUCAUGAAUGAAGGUGACCACGUCGUCAAUGUGUAUGAUGAAAUUGUAUUAAAUUGAAAUUACAAUUAUAAUAACUGAUCUCUCUUCGAUUAUUGAAUGAAUCUUUUGCAAUGUACAUUACAUUACAUCAAGGUAAAAUAACUUUAACGACCCUUUUCUUACUUACACAAAGUUGAAAGGAAUACACUCGGUACAACUAGCUGUGCAUUGAAUGUCAGACAGAUUUUCAGAUCGUUUAUCUGUUUAACAAUAAAACUUCGAGAGUCUUUUUCACGGGCAACGGAUUAAACCAAAGUAGGGCGUUUCGAUGAAGUCUGAUUAAAAAAAAAAAAUAAGAAAAGAAGGAAGUCAAAGGUUCACUAAAAGUACGUUUCAGUCACUUAUUAGAGAGGUUGAGGUUAUGUUGGUCAAAUGACUAUUAUCUAAUUAAAGGUUUGGUUGAUCACGGAUUGGAUGACGGUUUAUCACUUGACAGUUAAUUAGGGAAACCAAGAUGACGUGAAAAUUUGCAUGUCCAACAUGCAUGAAUAGAAUAAUAAUUAAAAUAAAACUCGUUUCGAAUAAUUUAACUAGAAUGAGUUAUUUUUUGAGAUGCUACGAUGAAUAAUGUGGAAUAAAGGAAGCAAUAAAUUCAUUCGAAAAGUCAUGAAUCGAGUAAUGAUUUAGUUAUGAAAUGCAAUGAUGGAAAAUGUUGAAUAUAGAGUGGAAUGAUGAAAUGCGUUGAAUAAAUAAGCAAUCAAAAGACAACUUGCGAGAGGUCAAGUUCAGAUCGAUUCAUGCGAGAGGUCAUGAAUCGGAUUAUGACUGAUAAUCAAAUGAUAUGCAAUGAUGAAUAACAAUCAAAAGACAACUUGCGAGAGGUCAAGUUCAGUUCGAUUCAUGCGAGAGGUCAUGAAUCGGAUUAUGAUUGAAUUAUGAAAUGAUAUGCAAUGAUAAAUAACAAUCAAAAGACAACUUGCGAGAGGUCAAGUUCAGUUCGAUUCAUGCGAGAGGUCAUGAAUCGGAUUAUGAUUGAAUUACGAAAUGACAUGCAAUGAUAAAAAACAAUCAAAAGACAACUUGCGAGAGGUCAAGUUCAGUUCGAUUCAUGCGAGAGGUCAUGAAUCGGAUUAUGAUUGAAUUAUGAAAUGAUAUGCAAUGAUAGAUAACAAUCAAAAGACAACUUGCGAGAGGUCAAGUUCUGUUCGAUUCAUGCGAGAGGUCAUGAAUCGGAUUAUGAUUGAGUUAUGAUAUGAUAUGCAAUGAUAAAUAGCAAUCAAAAGACAACUUGUGACAGGUCAAGUGAUGGGUUAUGGAUUAGAUAAUAAAAUGCAAAGAUGAAAAAUGUCGAAUAAAGAAUUGAAUGAUAAGAAAGAGUCGAAUAAAAAGCUGAAUGGCAAAAUGCAUAGAAUAAAGAAAGCUAAAAAAAAAUUUUUUUUUUGAGUCACUGAUCAAAUUGAGUUAGAAAAUAAAAUUAAAGAAAAAAAAAAGUUUAAUAAAGAGUUGAAUGAUAAGAAAGGCGUUGAAUUUAAGGUUGAAUGUUUGUAGUGAAAAUCAAUAAAGAAUGCAAAAAAAAAAACAACUUGCGAGAGGUUCAGUUCAGUUCGAUUGAUGCGUGAUGAAUCGGAUCAUGAUUGAGUUAUGAAAUGAAAUACAAUAAUGAAAAACGUUAAAUAAAGAGUGAAAUGAUGAAAAGCGUCGAACAAAGAGUUGAAUGGUACAUAACGUUGAUCAAAGAAAUCAAUCAAAAGAAAAUAUGCGAGGGGUCAUGUUCAUUUCAAUUCAUGCUAGAAAUCAUGAAUCUAAUAAACACAACAAUCGAUCGCUACUUAAAAAAAACCUUAAAAUAACGGCAAAUUAUAAAUGAUUGAAAAAAUAACAACUUUUAAGAGCACUGCUGAUUUAAAUAUAGGCGAUAAUAAACAUUUCCUGGAAAUAAAAAAAAAACAAUAGCUUUUUCAUUGAAAAGGUGAAAGAUAAAAUCGUUUGAGCUUAUUUUACUCUUCCUGCCGGUUAAAUACUUCUACGAUCCUUUUUCAUUAUAUUUCGUCACUAUAGUAAGAAGAAUCAACAAAAAGUUUUGAUUAGAGUACAGGAGAAGGCGAAUGUGGUAGUUAUAGCAAGGGUUAGUAAGGAAAUGAGAGCUGAUUUACAGUUAAAAUGAUUUCGAAUGUUUUAAUAAUAAUGAAAAAUAAGCAAAUGUGGAAAUAUCUGGAAUUUAAGUAAAAGGGUUUAACAAACUAUUAUUUACAAUUCAAAAUUGAAGCUUAAUUUCCGUUCGUGUAUUGACAAAGGGACGGUUUUAAAGUGAAGCGUGCAUGCAACAACAACAACAAGGGAGAGAUCAUUCUAUAAACUAAAUUUGGCAAAGAUAGUCACGUUUUAACGCGGGGUUAGAGGAAGGUCACUACAGGUUGUAACACAAUACUUCGAGUAGGAAAGGUGCGCAUCCGUAGUAAAACUAAAACUGAAGAAGUUUUUGCACUUUUCGACGAAGGAUCAUCGCUGACCAUGUUAGAUUCUUCGAUCGCUAAGGAAAUGGAUUUGCAGGGUACAGUUUCUCCAAUUUCGUACCGUUGGACCAACGGAAUCACGCAUACAGACGACACAUCGAUGAUCAUUUCUCUGCAAAUAUCUGGACCUUCUGAUCAGGCAGUCUGGCACAAGAUGAAUAACGUUAGGACGAUCAAGAACAUGAAGCUUUCGCAAAUGAAUUUCGACUUAGCUCAGAUUCGUCAGUUGUAUCCUCUGUUAGACGAAGAAAAGCUGAAAGUUAUCGAAAAUGCAACUCCUCGUAUGCUGAUCGGUUCAAAUAAUGCUGGUUUAAUUGUUCCUCUGAAAACCAUCCAGUAUUCGAUUCGAGGAUUACAGCUCACUCGAUGUCAUUUGGGUUGGACAGUCCAUGGAGAAAUUCAACCUGUUGCAGAAUGCAUUGAGAUUCCUCAUGUUUUACUAUGUUCGAUUGAAGACAUGGAGUUGACUGAUUUAAUAAAAACUAUGUACGCUGUUGAUAAUUUUGGGAUGACAACUCAGUCACCUAAAAUGGCUGAAGAGGAUACGAGAGCAGUAGAUAUUAUGAACCGUACCAUCAAGUGCAUCGGCGAUCGUUAUGAGGUAGGUCAGCUGUACAAGUUCAAUCACUUCACGUUUCCUGACAGCAAACCACAGGCGUUGCGUCGUUUGAAAGUGAUGGAAAAAAAGAUGGAUGCAGAUCCCGAAUUUGCAGAUCAAUAUUGCAACAAAAUCGAAGACUAUCUACAAAAAGGCUACGCGCGUAAACUGACCGGUCCUGAAUUGCUCGAAACACCUAACACCUGGUAUUUGCCACACUUUAGCGUUUGCAGUGCUAAAAAGUUCCGAUUGGUCAUGGAUGCAAAAGCAAAGUCAAACGGUUUCUCUUUAAAUGACUUGCUUCUUAAAGGUCCUGAUUUGGUUCCUCCACUUAUUGCGGUCCUGAUGCGUGGCAGAAGAAACAAGAUUGCAUUUAUGGCUGAUAUUCAGGAAAUGUUUCAUCAGGUGCGCAUUCGACCUGAGGAUCAGAACUCGCAAAGGUUCUUUUGGCGAGGAAUGGAACGCAAGAAGGCCCCUGAUGUGUACGUCAUGCAAGCGAUGAUUUUUGGUGCUGUAUCUUCGCCUUGUAUAGCGCAGUACAUUAAAAAUUUUAAUGCAAAUAGACUUGAUGAAGCACUACCAGGAGUGCGAGAGGCGGCUUUGUGUCAGCAUUAUGUGGACGACUAUUUUGAUUGUCGCGAUACCGAAGGUGAGGCCAUCCAAUUGAUAAACAACGUCAUCGAGGCACAUCGACAAGGUGGUUUUAAACUUGUGAAAUUCGUUUCCAACUCCGUAGCUGUGAUGAAGUCCAUCGAUUCCUCUUUGAAAGCUGCUGAUGAGAAAGAGUGCCGAGUGCUCGGUCUGAAGUGGGACCUCCGAAGUGAUGAAUUUGUGUUCCCGUUAAAGUUCUCGAACUUGCCAACCUCAAAAGUCAUCACUAAACGACAGCUGCUCAAGUUCAUGAUGAGUAUUUUCGAUCCUCUAGGUGUCCUUGGUCCGAUAACCAUUCAUCUGAAGAUCCUUUUCCAAGAUUUAUGGCGCCUGCAAAUCGAUUGGGACGAUGAUAUUCCAGAUGGUCUUAUGACAAAUUGGAAUGGAUGGCUAGAGCAAAUAGGUCAGAUAGGCGAGGUGAGAAUUCCAAGAUAUUAUUUUCCACGACUGUCAUCUGUUGGUGCAGUUGAGCUGCAUGCAUUUUGUGAUGCAAGUGACAAAGCUUUUGCUUGUGUUGUAUAUAUGGUACAUAGAAUCCGGAACGUUUCUCACGUAGCUUUAAUCAUCGCCAAAUCAAAAGUAGCUCCUCUGAAGGCACAAACUGUUCCCCGUCUUGAACUACAAAGCUGUGUAACCGGUAGUCAGAUGGUGAAGACUAUUCAGGAUGAGCUAAAAAUAGAAAUAACAUCAGUUCAUUUUUGGACAGAUUCUAGAAUUUGUUUAGGAUGGUUAAACUCGACACAGAAGUUAACUGCAUACGUAGGAUCCCGAGUCACUAAGAUAAAAGAGAACGGGCACAAUUCCGAUUUAUGGAAAUGGAUUCCAUCAAACUUGAACGUUGCUGAUUUUGGCACCAAGAAUUCGAUGUUCUGCAAUAUGAAUAUUUGGCUGAACGGUCCGGAAUUCUUGCGUUUUGAUCAGGAACACUGGCCAAAACAAGAAACCUUAACACUGACUAACGAAGAAGCAAUUAAUUUCAAUGCUGAUAUAGAAGUAGAGGAUAAUUUGCUAAUUUGUUUACAAAUAUCCACCCAAAAAUGUUUUGAUCUUCCUGAUAUAACACGCUUCUCAGAUUUUAAUCGCCUAACGAGAAGUACAGCAUAUUACUUGAAAAUGCUUAAAAUUUUAGCGCUACCCAAGUCAGAAAAACCUGAAAGAUUUUCAAUCGACGUGAAUGAUAUCAACCAAGCAAGAAUGAUGUUGUAUCAGAAAGUUCAAGCUGAAGCGUUCGGUGAAGAGCUGGUUCUUCUCAAAAAGCAGGAUUUCGUCAAACGAACUAGCCGUUUAUUCGCAUACUCACCUUUUCUUCAUGAGGGCAUUAUCAGAAUGCGAGGACGAGUUCAAGAUAGCAGCCAGCCUUUCGAAGUGAAUAAUCCUGUUAUUCUUCCGGACAAUCAUCAUUUCACGAACCUGUUAAUAAAGAUGUAUCAUAUUGCGAAUGGGCACCAAGGCACUGAGACGAUUAUUAACAACUUGAAUCAGCGGCACAGAAUUCUCAAAAUUAGGUCUCAAGUUAAAAAAUUUGCCCGUACAUACAAGAUCUAA